AUGGCUUCGAGAGCACCUUACCAAGAUCUAAAUUUUUUAAAAGAUUUAAUAAGAUACCAGUCUAUUGAUAAAAGUAUAUCUGAAGUCACAAUUAAAAAAAUGUGUGGCCAUUUGUGGUACCUAUCACCCGAAGCAGCUGAGUUAUCGUUCUUCGAUCCACACGUACCAGUAGACACAAAAAGAAAAAUGAUUGCAGCUCUUAAUAUGGAUACAGAAGAAGAUAAUAUAAACCGAUAUGUUUUGAACCCAAAAGAGUCUGUUGAUAUAUUAAAUAAAGGCCUUGAAGAUUUUAUUUGUGUGAGCUCAAUGCAAUUUUUUAAACGUUUCAAAAUAAAUACUGACUUUCUUACGACUGAUCCAUCAAAAUGGAACGAUGAUGAACAUUUUAAAAAAUCUACUGCAAUUGUCACCAACAUAAAUGUAGUCAAUAUGAUAUUGCUGAAAGAGGAGUUAAACUUAUAG